AUGAAGUCUGCCUCUCAACUCGUGGGAUCUUCUAUGGACAAAGAUGAAAUCCAUAAUACAUUAGCAUCAUCACGAAUUGUGGGAGCCACUACAGCAGGUCUUCGUGCGUUGGCUUCUCAGCUUUUUACAUUUUAUGUCCGGGUACCAGUUAAGUUGUUUCGGCCAACUCGAGUUGACUAUUUGGCAAUUCCUCGUGCUGUCAAUCCGAUCUAUAAGGAGAAACCCUGGAGCAUAUUCACUCAUUCAGGCCCUGCUCUUUUGGCACAUGCAGUGAAACAAUAUGGCUGGAGCUUUAUUCCAAAUCAUGUUCUUCCUCCUCUUAUUGCAAAUUCUGCUGUAGGACUUGUUUUAUAUUCAUCUUAUCUAACAACGCUUACGCUUAUUCAAAAAUCACAAGAACAUGAUGACAUUCAGCAUUAUAAAGAAACAGGAAUUUCUCGUUUACCAGGACAUUAUACUUCAUCUGUCAUGGUUGAUUCCUUUUGUGCUGGUGCGGUUGCAGGAACAAUGCAAAGUUUAGCAGCAGCGCCAAUUGACGCUAUAGUUACAAGAUUCUCUGCAUCCGAACUAUUGAAUUCAGAAUAUAAAACAAUGUGGACUUACGGUUGGGCGAAGUUAAAAGAAAUUGGACCUCGUGGUGUUUUUUCUGGGUAUUCGAUUUCUUUUAUCAAAGAGUCUCUUGGUUUCGGUUUGUUUUUUAGUACUUUUGAAACAAUCAAAGGUCCUUGGUAUCGCACGUAUGUUAAUUUCUUUCAUGACGGUGAUCCUAAAAAAGCUACAAGAGCUUUAUACCCAUCUUUUAUUUUGUUUGCCGGAGCUAUGUCUGCAAUAGCAGUUCAAUUUGUUCACUACCCUUUAGGUAAAAUCCAAAAGCUUUAUCUUAUGCGAUUAGAAGCAUUAGAUGAUAUUGCUAGGCAGCAAAAAGAACUAAAAAAGAAACAAGAUUUACAAAAAGCUAAACCCACAAUUAAAUCAGCUACCCCAGAAACAACUAAAAACCUCUUUAUUUUCCUUAAGCAACAAUUUACAAACAAAACUCAUAAACCAAUUGACUAUAAAAAGAUUCUUAUAGAUUUUAUCAUUCCUCCUCAUUCAUUUUUGAGAUUAUAUUCAAAAGGUUACAUACAUACAUUUCAGCAAAUUCAUAGGAUUGUUGUCCGUGACUGCAAUGGUCACUGGGGAAGAUGGCUUUAUGGUGGAUUUAUUCGUUCAACGUUAGCCACUAUGCCAUCAACAAGUAUCGGCCUUGUUGUUUUUGAAAUAAUGCGUUUGCGAUAUGCUACUCCGGAUAAUAGUUUGACUGAUCCAGGCUUUACAUAG